GGGGGCCUAGGGCUGCGGUGCUGCCGCUGUCCCGAGGCUGCGGGGCGGUCGCGGGGACCGAUCUAGGGUGACCGUUCCCACCCUGGGACAAGCCUCGGGGCCUCACGACACUCGGAGAACGCGACCGACCGGCGGACAGACACCAGGACUAAGGCCUACAGCCCGUGGACCUGGUGACCCUCCAGAGGGCGCGCAGAGGGCAUACACAGUGGCCAAGGGUCCUGUGGCGACCCGAGAGACCCCCCGAAGGCUGCGUCCCGGUGCAGGGAGAGUCAGCACUCGCAGGCGAGCCAGGACCCCGGGACUCGGCCUCCUUAAAAACGUCACCGUACAAUCAGGCGGCUGAGAACUGGGCGUAAAGGCAUUCUUGGCGGAUAAACAGUGCGCCGCCGAUUAAGGAAAGGAAGCUGGGAGACCUUGACUUUAUUCCAACCACAUGGUUCCAGUCAGCGGUGGCCUUCUUGCUGCAGCAGAAAGCGACGCUGCGCCGGCCCCAUCUGGAUCGGCCCCAUCUGGAUCGGAGUCUAAUUCGGCCUCUGGCCCACUGGACUUGGGACGGGGAACGUAGGCAAAGAGUCGAUUUGCCCAGAGCUGAAACUUGUCCGCUUGGCCACCGAGUAGAGGGCCGGUACUUGGGAGCGCAGAGACCCUCCCUGGGUUGGGCUGCCGCGGGCCCAGUCGAGCGAGACCACCUGUGAGGGCGGCUGAGAUUGGCGGAGGCGGUCAUGUGGGCGGUCACGUGCUGCGGCGAGCUCCGUCCAAAAGAAAAUGGGGUUUGGUGUAAAUCUGGGGGUGUAAUGUUAUCAUAUAUCACGCUACCUCGUAAAACCGACACUGAAAGCUGCCGGACAACAAAUCACAGGUCAAAAUUAUGAGUUCUUCGUAUUAUGUGAACGCGCUUUUUAGCAAAUAUACGGCGGGGGCUUCUCUGUUCCAAAAUGCCGAGCCGACUUCUUGCUCCUUUGCGCCCAACUCGCAGAGAAGCGGCUACGGGGCGGCCGCCGGCGCCUUCCCUUCGACCGUACCGGGCUUGUACAAUGUCAACAGCCCCCUCUAUCAGAACCCCUUCGCGUCUGGCUACGGCCUGGGUGCCGACGCCUACGGCAACCUGCCCUGUGCCUCUUACGACCAAAACAUCCCGGGGCUCUGCAGUGACCUCGCCAAAGGCGCCUGCGACAAGGCAGACGAAGGCGCGCUGCACGGCUCGGCCGAGGCCAAUUUCCGCAUUUACCCCUGGAUGCGGUCUUCAGGGCCGGACCGAAAGCGGGGCCGCCAGACCUACACGCGCUACCAGACGCUGGAGCUGGAGAAGGAGUUCCACUUCAACCGCUACCUGACGCGGCGCCGCCGCAUCGAGAUCGCCCAUGCGCUCUGCCUCACCGAGCGCCAGAUCAAGAUCUGGUUCCAGAACCGCCGCAUGAAGUGGAAGAAAGAGCAUAAGGAGGAGGGUCCGGCCGCUUCCGGCGCCCCCGAGGGUGCCGCGCCCGCCGCCUCUGCAGCCGCCACCGCCGCCGCUGCCGCGGACAAGGCCGACGACGAGGACGACGACGAGGAGGACGAGGAAGACGACGAGGAGGAGGAGGAAUGAGGCCCGGCUGCCCCAGACAGUCUGGAAAGCGUCUUUAGAGACUGAUUUUAUUUACAAAAGUGAAAAAAAAAAAAAUAAAAAGAAAAUGUUAAAAAAAAAAAAACCCACUCCCCAACCUGCACCCAAUCUACCCCAUUACCCACUCCAGCUCCCAAUUUUUUUUGGACUGAGCAGUCACCAGACUGGGUCCCGUUGGGGAUCCCUUCUGCCUCUGAGGACCCCCAACAGACACCCCCAACCCCAGGCCGACCAGCUCUGCGCUGGCACGGUUAAAAUACUACCUAGCACAGGCCUCCUCCGGGAGAGGCACUCCCAAACUACCUAUGGGCCCAGCCCCAGAGGGCCUCCACUCCCAGGAAGCCCAGAAGUGUCCCAACACUGUCAGACCCCCAGCACCUCCCCCGGAACCGGCAAGGACCUGAUUCUCAGUACUACCUACUCGCCCCAAACUACCUAUUUUGUGCUCGCUGGCUCCCCUGCUACCUAGUGCCGAACCCUCCCCCUUCCUCGGCCAGGCCUCUGCUGCUUCCGGCUAGUAGCCUUUGGGGUCCCUGAGGCUGCGCUGAGAAGGCGCUGGGAUCCGGGGACCAGGGCAUUGGCUUCUAUUUAAAUGGAAAAAUAAUAUAUUUAUUCCAAAGCAUUCUAAGUGCUACAAUCUAGAAUCCCUCCUUCUUUGGUCUGGGCACCUCAUGUUCAGGCCCAUCACCCCCUCCUUCUGGAGCAUUCCCAAGCUAGCUGCCUGGGCCUCUGGGUUCGCUCCUGCUUAGUAGGACUGCAGAGAUGCUCCCAGCCUCCCUGCCCCUCCCCUGGCCCCUGUGUCCCACUGUCCAGCCAUGUUGAAUAUGUGUAUCCUGACUUUUCCUACAAUGGCAAAUAUUGUAUAUUUGAACACGAUUUUUUUUUUUUUUUUUUGGUCAUUUAUAUAGUCUUGGAGCUCAUUUGUAAGGCAAUGUCCUGACUUGGGAAGGAUGUGUUAAUGGGGUGGCUUUGUAGCAUGGUGUGUUGUCUUGAGCUAACUCUAUAGCUGGUGAGGGGACUGAUGCCCUCGCCAGUGCUCUUCAUCCCCUGUGUUGUCCUGUGUCCCCCUCAUCCCUCUCAGCUCUAGCCUGGGCUUCCAGGAACGGGAAGGUACGUUUUCCUACACUUCCCGUCUUGCCCAGUUAACAGUGUUUUAUGUAACAGAAAAAUAAAGAUGCUUGAUGACAAAGAA